GAAUUUUAAAGGAAUAUAAAGGAAGGAGAAAAUAUUUCUGCUGGAGAAUUUCCGGAAAGGUACUAGUUAAGAGCACAUUUGCAGUUAGGGUUGGGUUCCAAUCCUAACUGCAGGGACUAUUUGGGUGACCUUGAUGCUUGCUCUGUCAAGGCGCCAUCUAGUGUCUCCUUUGCUCAGCACAUCAUCUUUCGGCCGUUUCUACAGAGGUGAUAGCCCAACAGAUUCCCAAAAAGACAUGAUUGAAAUCCCUUUGCCUCCAUGGCAGGAGCGAACUGAUGAGUCCAUAGAAACCAAAAGAGCCCGGCUGCUCUAUGAGAGCAGAAAGAGGGGAAUGUUGGAAAACUGUAUUCUGCUUAGCCUCUUUGCUAAAGAAUAUCUGCACCACAUGACUGAGAAACAGCUGAACCUCUAUGAUCGUCUGAUUAAUGAGCCCAGUAAUGACUGGGAUAUUUACUACUGGGCCACAGAAGCAAAACCGGCCCCAGAAAUAUUUGAAAAUGAAGUCAUGGCCCUGCUGAGAGACUUUGCUAAAAACAAAAACAAAGAGCAGAGACUGCGUGCCCCAGAUCUGGAAUACCUCUUCGAAAAGCCACAUUGAGCUGUGCACCACUGCCUGCCCUGGGGGCUCAGUCCACGGACCCUAACUUAGGAUAGACACUGGCCUCGACUUCCUGCUUCCCCUGAGACACUCAGCCUUCCCAGACUGUUUGUCUUGCUUCAAUUGAGGGACCCAUCUCUCAGGACGUGUAAAUACUGGGUGUGACUCAUUCUAAAACUUUGUUGGUUCACUUUUAAGCCUAAAAGCGGUUGCUGGUGUUGCCAGCACUCUGGCCUGUUUCUCUGCCACAGGAGGGCAGUGUCGGGGAAGGGAUGGUGCUGGCUCGUUGCUUUAGCCCGAAGUGUGUGUUCAGUGCAAAGAGGCAGCCAGCUGCAGGGGCUGGGUGGCAAGCUUCCCCGAGCAGCCCAGGGCUUUAUUCAAGUGAAAUCCCUCCCCCCCACCCCACCUUUCCCACCCAGUAGGGUCCUUCCUGCCAGGGCAGCAGACCCAAGCCCCCUGAGCUGAGUCAGAGACACGGCAGGCAGAAGGAGGGCGGCAGGCAGGGAUGUGUGGGCAUGCUACUGACGAGUCCACAUCCUCCUCAUCAGGUUUCCUCUAGAACGUUCACUCUGUAAACUGAAAGAUAAUUAAAUAUUAAAGAAUAUUUUAUGAAGGAAAAACCACAGUUCCCGGCCCUCACACAAUUAUUUUAAUUCUGUCCUCACAUAAUCCAUAGUCAUUUGUCUCCAGAGUUAUACAAGGUGACAACCACAGGGUUUAUCCCCAUGUGGCAUGAUGGCAAGCUUUUUCUGUAUUUCUGCAGUCUUCCCCAUCACUGUAGUUGACAAAUUGACAACACAUAAGCAAUAACAUCUUGGAAUCGGUUGAAAGAGCUGAGCUCCGGGACCGGAAGACUAAUGUGUUUGGCUAGCAGUGGUCUCCCUGGAGGGAUUUUGCCCUCAGAUCUGUAAUCCAGUCAGAGCUGUCAUCACCCGGGCUGGGCCAGGACCAUCCGAGGGUGUGGACCUCAGAAGGCAGUCUGGGAUGGAUGAGCACGGGGUUGGUGAUCACAGGAGAUGCACGCAGAGAGGAAGCGCCUGCUUCCAGCAUUCUGGAGAGCCGCCUCCUGGUCCUCCCUGCCCCUCGGUGUUCCCCGCUAAGGAGAGGAGAGAAGAGAACUAGGCUUUACUUACACGACCCUGUGAAAGCCUCACAGCACCCCUAUGGACAAGUGGUGUUAUGCUGAUUUCGUAGAUGAGAAAGUGGGCUCAGAGAGCACUUUGUCCGAGGUCAAGUAGCUAUUUAGUCAGAAAGUGACAAUCUCCUUUAGUUCUGCCUGCAAAGUGUAUGAACUUUCUACUAGACCACUCUUCACUGGUGGAAACUUAGUAGGAAUUCAUGCUUUGGAAAGUCAGGGCAAAAGACAUGAUCAUUCUGAGACAGUGAACCUGUGUGUCACGAAGGGGGCAGGCAGCUGCCAGGUGCUUCCCAAAGUAAGCCCGUGGCUCCCCAGGGCAGCUCGCGUAAGUGACAGAGCAGUGUCGGCACUGGUUUCAAGUUCAGAUCUCGGUUCCGCUGCUCAUUUGCUGGCUGAGUGCAUCGCCCUGAGCCCCCGUUUCCUCAUCCACAAAAUGGGGGUGAUGACUCUCCUUAUCUUAGCUGAUUGUAAAUUUCAGAUGAGAAGAGAAAAAGCUCACAAAGCUCUUCAUUGGCCCCCAGCACACUCAGCUCUCCGUAGAUAUUAGGUGUCAAUGCUUGGUCGAGGCCCCAGCCUGAAACUUAAAAGCCACCUCCUAACACCAGUCGCCUGGCAUGUCACUGAGGUCACCAGAACUUGUGUGGGGCAGGCUCCUGUGCAGGUGGGAAAGCCAAGCCCGCUAGAGAACCACGGGGGUGUCUUAGCAGCCAGGGGAGACAGAAGACACCCUGGGGGCGAGAAGCAGGCGUCAGAGUGACAGCUGGGAGUCAGAAGCAGGGCUCUCUAGAGGACAUCCCCCGGGACUUCCCGCAGACUCUGGCCACUUGGGGACUCGUUUGAUGUGCUGGGCAGAGGGCGUUAGGCAGCCAGAGAGUGUGGAGUGAGCUGGAGUGUGAGAUGUGCACACAAGCUGGGCAGCGACUUGCCCAUCCAUUCUGGAUGCUCCCGCGCCCCACCCUGACGGCCUAGUGGGCAGCUUGGGCCUUUUCCCCCCCGGGGGUUCGAGGUCUCCUGACCCUGAUUUUGUCUCAUUUAACAUGAUGUUCAACUGUUGCCACUGUCACCUGGGACUGGCGUGCUUCUAAAGAACUGUUUUCCUCCCAGGCUGCUGGCUUGUGUCACCUCAGAAAGUGAAGGAUCUUGCUAACUUCAGCUGCUCAGUGUCAGACCCAGGGGUGCUAUGUAAACAGUUUUUCCCUUUAUUAGGCAUUAACUAAAACUAGGCUGGCCCACAGUGCAAUUUUUUUAAAGAUUUUAUUUAUUUAUUAGAGAGAGAGAAUGAGAGAUAGAGAGCA